CAUAAUAAACAUUGGUUAUAUGGGGUAUGUGUACAACACGGGCUCCGGAGCGCGGCCGCCUCGACGGAGCGAGAUAUGAACAAUAGGCGCGGAAUGCGCGGAUAUGAACAGGGAGAUGUGCGGCUAGUCGGCGAAGACGACCGUCUUGUUGCCGUAGACGAUGAUCCGGUCGUCGAGGUGCGCGCGCAGCGCGGCGAGGAGGACGACGCGCUCGACGCCGCGGCCCUUCCGCAGCAGGUCGUCGACCGUGUCGCGGUGCGAGACGCGCUCCGUGCCCUGCUCGAUGAUCGGGCCCUCGUCGAGGUUCGCGGUCGCGUAGUGCGCCGUCGCGCCGAUGAGCUUGACGCCGCGCUCGUGCGCGCGGUGGUAGGGCUUCGAGCCGAUGAAGGCCGGGAGGAACGAGUGGUGGAUGUUGAUCACGCGGCACGGGUAGGUCGCGCAGAACUCGUCGGAGAUGAUCUGCAUGUACCGCGCGAGGACCACGAGGUCGAUCUCGAGCUCCUCCAUGAGCCGGAUCUCCGCGUUCUCGACCUCGCGCUUCGUGGCCUUCGUGACUUUAAAUACCUCGAAGCGCACGCCGAACGCGUCGGCGACCGGCUUGAGGUCGGCGUGGUUCGAGAUGAUGAGGGGGAUGUCGCAGGGGAGCUCGCCGGCCUUGUGGCGCAGGAGGAUCUCCCAGAGCACGUGGUCGUACUUCGAGACGAAGACGCACAGUCUCUUGGGCCGCGUGCCCCACUCGAGCUGGUACUCGAGCUCGAGGCGGCCGCAGACCUCGUCGAGCGCCCGUUGCAAGCUCUCCUGGCUGCAGCGCAUCGCCGACCUGUGCGUGAGAACCAUCGUGGAGACGCGGUCGCGGGGCGCCCGAACGUCGAUGUCCGCGCGGCCGCCGACCAGUCGAAGACGGCGCGCUGGAAGUAGCCGCCCAGUUCCCGGUCGCGGUGCUGCUCCGAGUGCUCGACGACGCAGCCGUGGGAGUUGAGGAGCUCGGCCAUGGCCAUGUUGACGUUCACGGACUCGCGGCCGAGCACGCGGAGCGUGGCCUUGGGCGCGGCGGUGUUCUUCGCCGGGGACGGCGCCGGGUCCCAGUCGUUCGUGGCGUAGAAGUUUUCGCUGGCGACGGACGUGCCGCCGGACCGGACGGAGUGGCGCGAGUCGUCCAUGCUGGCCGCGGCCAGGGGGCCCAGCAGCGCCGCGGCCAUGGGACGCGGCGCGGCCGGGGCGCCGGGGCGCGGGGCAGCGGCGGCGGCAGCACGUUCGCUGCCGGUGGGACGCACGGCGGCGGCGGCAGCACGUUCGCUGCCGAUGGGAAAUACGGCGGCCGC